GCGCGCAGUCCGUGUUAUAGAGAACACCAAGCUGCGAUUCUUUUGUUCCAGCGAUAAGGAUUAUUGGAAGACAUUAUUGUUAUUUUCUGGAUUUGUAUUUAACAGAAUAUUUAAAAUUUCUUAACGGAUUCCAUGGUGGUUGUGGUUUCAUGGUGAAGGGAAAAUGUCGGACAGAACAAUGAAACGGCAAGUACUGUUGUUUAUCUCGGUCCUCUCUCUCAGUUCAGUGAACGGGCAGGUCAGUUACUCCAUUCCAGAGGAAAUGGCGACAGGCUCUUUAGUCGGUAACAUCGCGCAGGAUUUGGGGUUGGAUAUAAAACGACUAAAAUCAGGUAAUGCUCGUAUUCACGUUGGAAACAGUGCAGAAUGUAUUGAGUUGAAUAAAGAAAGGGGAGUUAUCCUUAUCAAAGAGAGAAUAGACCGCGAGGUGAUGUGCAGACAGACGACGCCUUGCGCACUACAUUUUCAGAUUAUUAUGGAGAACCCAAUAGAAUUUUAUCAAGUCACAAUUGAGAUUACCGAUAUCAAUGAUAAUGCUCCUGUUUUCAAAAAAGAUGCAAUGAAAUUCGAAAUAAGUGAAUCAGCUGUGAUCGGUGCUAAAUUUGUAUUGGAAAGAGCUUUUGAUUCUGAUAUAGGAGCGAAUGGACUACAAAGCUACUCCCUUAAUCCAACCGAACAUUUUAUAUUAAAAUUACAAGGUCAGGCUGAUGGAAGUAAAAAGGUCGAGAUGGUUUUGCAGAAGCCUUUAGAUCGAGAGAAACAGGAGCAGAUAUCUUUAGUGUUAACCGCCCUCGAUGGAGGUGAGCCUAAGAUGUCUGGAACAGUGCAGAUACACGUCACUGUGUUGGAUGUAAAUGACAACGCUCCGGUUUUUACGCAGGCAAUAUAUAAGGCCAGUUUGGUGGAAAAUUCACAGAGGGGUACAUUAUUGACUACAGUUCGUGCCACUGAUAUAGACAACGGAUCAAACGGUUUAGUCACUUACUCAAUAUCAAGUAGUAUCGAUGGUAUUUUGGAUCUAUUUGAAAUAAACGAGAGUAAUGGCGAGGUGCGUUUGAUAGGCAAGGUCGACUAUGAAACAGCUAAACAUUACCAGAUUGACAUAGAAGCAAGAGAUCAAGGCGGUCUUUCAGAUUCCAGUAAAUUAGUAGUGGACAUUGCCGACGUUAACGACAACAACCCUUUGAUUGACAUGAUGUCAACUUCUAAAUCAAUACCAGAAAAUUCCCCUUCCCAGACUAUUAUCGCUGUAAUGAGUGUCCACGACCCAGACUCUGAUAAUAACGGAGUCGUAAAUUGUGUUUUAAGUGAAAACAUUCCUUUCACCAUUAAAUCUACAUCGAACGGUUUCUAUAGCCUAGUAACUGACAGCGACUUGGACCGAGAGAGAGCCUCUGAGUAUAACAUCAGUGUGACGUGCUCUGAUGAGGGCGUGCCCUCGCUCUCCAGCAGCGUCACUCUCACCUUACAGAUAUCAGAUGUGAAUGACAACGCGCCUGUCUUUGAGAGGAGCUCAUAUGAGGCCUACAUUAUAGAAAACAACACACCUGGCCUCUCUAUAUUCACAGUGAAAGCCAGAGACGCUGACUGGAACCAGAAUGCCCGUGUUUCAUACAUACUGGAGGACUCCUCGGUUAACGGAGUGCCCAUCUCCUCAUAUGUGUCCGUUAGUGCUGAUGGUGGAGUCAUACAUGCAGUGCGCUCUUUUGAUUACGAGCAGAUCAAGGAUUUCCAGUUCCGCGUAAAAGCACAGGAUGGAGGCUCCCCUCCUCUCAGUAGCAAUGUGUCUGUGAAAAUAGUGAUCCAGGACCAGAACGACAACGUGCCUCAGGUUCUGUAUCCAGUCCAGACUAGCAGCUCUCUGGUGGCUGAAAUGCUACCUCGUUCAGCAGAUGUUGGAUAUCUUGUGACUAAAGUGGUGGCUGUUGAUGUGGACUCCGGACAGAAUGCCUGGCUCUCGUAUAAACUGCAGAAAGCGACAGACAGGGCGCUGUUUGAAGUGGGCUUACAGAAUGGAGAAAUAAGAACUAUACGCCAAGUCAAUGAUAAAGAUGCUGUGAAACAAAGGCUCACUCUUGUAGUGGAGGACAACGGGCAGCCCUCUCGUUCAGCUACAGUCAAUGUUAACGUGGCGGUGGCGGACAGCUUCCCUGAAGUGCUCUCGGAGUUCACUGACUUUACGCACGACAAGGAGUACAAUGACAACCUGACUUUUUACUUAGUCUUGGCUUUGGCUGUAGUCUCAUUUUUGUUCAUCACGUGUUUAGUGGUUAUUAUAUCAGUGAAAAUAUACAGAUGGAGACAGUCUCGCAUCCUCUAUCAUUCCAAUCUCCCGGUUAUUCCGUAUUAUCCACCGCGUUACGCAGACAUUGGGGACAGGAACUCUACAGCACGUGUACAAUUACGAGGUGUGCAGGACGACUGACUCCAGAAAGAGUGACUGUCAGUUCGCCAGACCCUGUAGCCAGAACGUACUGAUAAUGGACAGUUCUACAGGGA